AUGGCUGGGGGUCGGUUGGUGUCGUUGCUGCCUGCCUUGUCAACGUUAAUCACCGCCAUAGCGCUCUUGGCGCGGGGAGGUGGACUUCCGGGCAGCGCGCCCCCCGGAUCUCCCGUGGCACCCACCGAUCCGCCAGAUGAAGUCGAGGUCCGGGGAAAAAUAAUGGCAGGUGUUCCGGCGCCUGCUGGCCGCCAUCCAUAUGUGGUUUCGAUUCGCAAUGCUGCUGGCAAACACUCAUGCGGUGGCACCCUUAUCAAGAAAGACGUCAUCUUGACAGCCGCUCACUGCGUGUCCGAACUGUCUCAGCCACCCAUCGUUCAUGUCUACACUGACGAUGAUGAGACAAUGAAAGGGGUUGCGCAGGAAAUUCGUGCAAGGAGAAUGUUUGUGCAUGAGAAGUGGUUGAACGGCCACUUCAAGGAUGGCUUCGACAUUGCCUUGCUUCUGCUUCCUUGGGAGUUUGACAUACCGCUGCCCCAGCUCGCCAAGGCUGGUUCAGAUUUUCCCAGAAACAGGCCAUUGGUUGCUCUUGGAUGGGGCGAAGUGAGUAAAAACCACAUGGCCAACGAGCUGCAGAUGGCAGACAACCUCACAGUCCAUGACAACAGCAUGUGUGGGUUCAAAACCCUGUCCAAAGGCGUCAUCUGUGCUGAGUCGAUGUUACAGAACACUUGCCAAGGUGAUUCUGGCGGGCCGCUGCUACUGUCUGACACCAGAGACAGAAGUGCCAAGACUGACAUCAUUGUUGGGGUGACAUCUUCUGGACCAGAGUGCUUUGAAAAGAAAAACCAGAUUGGCUUGUACACGCGUGUGGAUGUUGCACGUGAAUGGAUUGACAACAGUGUUGUUGCCCUUAAACAGGAAGGCAAGAGUGCUCAUGACCCCAGGGAUCUGAACAUCCCGAAAGGCCGCAUCUCCUAUGUUGCCUCCAUCAAGUCGCUGUCCACACAGGGCCACCUCUGCUCCGGUGUGCUCAUCGACACCCGCCAUGUCAUUACUGCUGCACACUGCGUUGACCCCAAGUCUGACUGGAGUGCAGGGAUGAGACCCAUCAUCACAUUGGGGGAAACGCACGUGUCUGGCAAAUCGAAGAGCGGCAUGGAGGUGCAGGCCGAAGAGACGAUCAUUCAUGAGCAGUGGCUCCCUGACAGGCGUACAGAUUCUCCCUACAACAUUGCACUGAUGAGGCUGCCAAGGGAGGCCCCACAGUCACCCCCAGUCGUCAUGUACAAUGACUACAAGCUCAAGACUGGGCAGGAGGUGGUUGCUGUGGGGUGGGGAGCGCCGAGGAUUCUGCUUGGGGAUGAAAUCUUCAGUGGCUUGAAUUCAGAGAAGCAGACGUUUCUGGAUGGGGCCGCCUGCAACCGCAGUUCUCUGUGGGACGGUUCGGUCGAAGUCGGGCAGGUGUGCGCCAUUAAUGAGGAGCUGACGGCGUCGUGUGUGGUGGAUUCCGGAGCUCCCAUCGUCCUGCUGUACCGGCACGACAAGCCGGUGGCCUCCCAGAACUUUGACCACGUGAUCGGCAUCAACGCGGGCGGGGCCUCGUGUGGCACAGCCAACAAACCUGACAAGUACAUCGACCUCCGCUUCCACAAGGAUUGGAUAGACGGUCACACCAAGCGCGCGAGGGAAUGCUCGCCCUGCGUUGCUGGGCACUGCGAGCUGUGA